CGGAAUUCAUGAUUUUCCCCAGUUUUUAAUAGAUCUAGAUCUAGAUCUAUCUCUCUCAAAUUGUCUCAGUGGUGAAUCUUGGAAGAAUCUGCACAGUAAGGAGAACAGAUAAUGGCAGUACCGGUAAAUGAAAAUCCAGUUGAACAUCCCAAAUGUAUAUUCUGCAAAAUAGCUCACAAACUGGAACCAAAUAGCCGCUUGCUGCAUGAUGAUGAUGAAUUUGUCAUUUUCAAGGACAUCAAGCCUGCAGCAGAGCAUCACUAUCUUGUUGUGCCUAAAGACCAUCUGAAGGACCCAAAGAGUUUAAAAGCUUCAGAUGUGAACUUAGUGGAAAGAAUGGUUUCAGUAGGGACCGAGUACCUCCAGAGUGUGAACGGAAAGUUGAGAUCAUCAGGACUUGCCAUGGCAGAUUGGGGUUUUGCUCAUUUUGGGGAUGAUGAUGAAAAUGAAGACGAAGAUGGAGAAUUUGGAUUUCAGGCCCGUUUUAACCAGAGGGAUGGUCUUAUUUUCCUGAUAGACACAUCAAAAUCAAUGUUUGAUGCUGCUGACGAUGAGGAGUGUUUAUUUCAACUUUGCAUGAAGGCUGCAAAGACAACAGUCCAGAACAAGAUCAUCAGCAGUGAAAGGGAUUUAAUUGGAACAGUGUUUUUUGGAACAGAGGAAUCUGAAAAUCAAAGUGGAUUUAAACAUGUUUAUGUUUAUCAGAGCCUAGAUCAGCCUGGAGCUCAAAGGAUUCUGGAUUUAGAAGACAUGGAAGAAAAUUGUGUUAGAACAUUUUCCAAGGACUAUGGGCACAAUGAAGCUUACUCAUUGAGAGAUGCUCUCUGGACAUGUCAAAACAUGUUUGCAAGCAGUGCGCAGAAUCUUGGAUCCAAGAGAAUCAUGCUGUUCACAAACAAUGAUGACCCACAUGGAGCCAACCCACAGUUGAGAAGACUUGCGGUGACAAAAGCCAGUGACCUUAAUGAGACUGGCAUCGACCUAGAACUAAUGCAUCUGCAAAAUCCUGGCCAAUCUUUUGACAUCAACAAGUUUUACAAGGAUAUCUUGUACAAUGAUGAUGAUGACAUCAAUGAGAUGGCCGAUCCUGCAGAAAAGAUGGAAGAACUAUUGAGGAGAGUACGAUCCAAAGAUCACAAGAAAAGAGCCAAUCGACGAAUUCCUUUCAGCCUUGGAGAAGGACUCAACUUUUCAGUUGGCGUAUACAAUCUUGUCCGUUCAUGCCCUAAACCGUACGCUGUCAAACUGACCAAAAAAGAAAACGCUGAGUUAAAGAGCCAUACAAAGACGUAUCUACCGGAUACAGGAGAAGUGCUCAUGCCUCAAGAUCUGAAGAAAGCUCAGACUUAUGGUGGCAGAAAAAUUUGUUUUGAGAAUGAUGAAGUUACAGAGAUAAAGCGUUUUGAUACCCCAGGAUUUACCCUGAUGGGUUUCAAGCCUAGAUCUUCGCUGAAGAAAUACUUUCAUGUGAAGCCAGCCCAAUUCAUCUACCCUGAUGAAAUGAAAGUGACAGGCAGCACUCAAGCAUUCUCAGCGCUUCUGAAAAAAUGCCUUGAGCGUGAUGUGACGCCUAUUUGCAAGUACAUCCCUAGCCGAAACCUCCCACCCAAGUUUGUCACGCUUUUGCCACAGGCUGAAGAACUGGAUGAGCACAAGGUGCAAGUAACUCCGCCUGGGUUUCACGUCAUAUUUUUGCCGUGUGCUGACGAUUUCAGAAGAGUUAAUUACGUGGAGAAGCCAAGAGCCACUGCUGACCAGAUUGACAAAGCCAAAGAAGUGAUAAAAAAGUUGAAGUUCAAAUUCAGCAGCGAGGAUUUUGAGAAUCCAGUACUGCAGAACCACUGGAGGAACAUCGAAGCUUUGGCGCUGGAGAGAGAUGAGGUGGAGGAGCCGGUCGAUCACAUCUUGCCAUCAGUUGAACUGUUUGCCGAACGUGCUGGUAAGGCAUUGGAUGAGUUCAAAGACAUGGUGUUCCCCCCAGGAUAUGUGCCGGGACAAAAGAGACGGGCUCCGGCUGCGUCAACGGCAGCGAAGAAAGCCAAAGCAGAAGAUGCUUUGGCUGGCCUGGAUGUGAAGAAGGAAGCUGAGGCUGGAAGGCUUGGCAAGCUCACUGUUGCUGUUCUCAGAGACGUCAUAAAGAAAGAAAAGAUUAACACAACAGCCACCAGGAAGAAUGACCUCAUUGAUGCUAUCAAUGAUCACUUUGGUAUUUGAACCCAUGAUAUAGCUCCUUUAUUUUUUGCAGGUCACUUUAAUUUUUUUGGCGAACCACUACAUUUAUUAGCAUUAAUUACUACUCGUUUAUGUGUAAGUUGUAAGUGAAGCCAAGAGGCUUAAAUUCUUUAUCAUGUAAUGUUAUCUGGCAAGUAAAUUGAUGGCAGCAAAAUUUAUACAAGUCUUCUUUAUGUUGUUCAUAUAUCACCUUUUGUCAAUAUUGGUUUUCCUGUGUGCAUGAGAUAAUAUUUCUUGAUCCUGUGUCUCUUUAGUGUAGGUUUAAAAUUUUCAUAGGGACCGGACUGGAUAAGGAUGUUGGUCCUAUAUUGAGGCUAUAUAGAAAAGGUAAACAAAUAUUUGGGUGGUGAAUAGGUGCCGGUGAGGAAAUUUCAGGCACUGUUUUGUUGAUGACAAAAUCCUUGCUUCUUUUUAAAUGGUGAAAUAAGCUCAUGUCUUACAGCCGUGCAGGCAUUGAAAAAUUGAUAGUUACAACAGAAACCUUCAUUCUUAUUUUUAAUCUUUAUUAACUUCGUUAUGAUUUGUAGCAAUGCUUGUGGCCAAUGAAGAAUACUAGAAUAAUGAGAGAAUUUUGGAACAAAAAUAAUUUUCCGAUUAUCUUUUGUCUGUUUCUUCAUACUUUAGUGUGUUAAGUUGAGGCAUUAUCAAGCUACAUGUAACCUAUAUAGCGGCAGUGCUUAUGAGGGCCUAAUAUAUAGUCUAAAUAAUGUAACUCACUAUUUAGACAUUUUACUUGCUGGCAUCUACUCAAGUAUUUAGUUGUAAAAUUGAAUUCUGAUGAAAGCAUAAGGGUAGUGUAAGUACGUUGGCCUUAUAUUUUGUGUGGCUUAACCUACAACUUUUUAGAAAUGAUUUGUUAAGCAAAGAGCCGUUGUGUUUGCUGUUUGGUGUGCUUCCCUUUGUACAGCUUACAUUUUUAAUUGUAUGUGAGAAAGGGCUUGUUUGCAAUGUUCCUUUGUUUAUUAUGCCAUUCAAGGGUGAUCUGUUCACUCAACUUAUUGAUGUGAUGGACUGCAGUGCAGACAACCUCAACCAUAGUCUGAACCUCCGACGAGGUAGGCCCUACUCUUGAACUUGGCUUGUUUUGAUUCUUCAGGGCUCUCAGCUCUCUUGGUUCAGUCCAACUGGAGAUAAUGUUAGGUUAGAGUUGGAGGUCAUGCCACCUCUUGCAUUACCAUGAUAUAUAUAAUAAUGUUAAAAACUCAUGCCAGUGAUACUGCACAAUUUUGCGAUGAACAUUUUCUUUGUACUUGGUGGACUUUCAGCACUGAUACAUCGGGACUGUGAAAUGAGUUUGGAAACAAAUUUUGCUAGAAUUUAGAAUGUGUUACUUUAUUUCGUAGUGAUUUGUGUAAUUUUUUUCUAGUUCUAGACAUGAAAGUACAUCUUCCUGUCACGUACAGUUCAUCUCAGAGUAGAUUUUAUUCUUUUGACCUGUUUGGAGUUUUUACAGUAAGCCUACAUUUUCAUUUGUUUCUUUGAUAUUUUUAUGUACUGGUACCACAAAAUAAACUUUUGAAAAAAGAAAA